AUGACGGAUCUGCUUAAUCGUGCCGGGAUGCUUAAUUGUAAGCCGCUCACCACACCAGCUGUUGUCACAGUGUCUAUGUCCUCGGAUGCCACUCCUUACGAGAAUCCUACUCAAUGCAGGCGUAUUGUGGGGGCCCUCCAGUAUUUAACGAUUACAAGGCCAGACUUGUCUUACUCGGUGAAUCGUUUAUGUCAGUUUAUGCACGCACCCUCAGACGAUCACUGGAGUUUGGCUAAACGGGUGUUACAUUAUAUAAAGGGCACUAUCAACUACGGCUUUCGCAUUGCUCCGUCAACAUCCACGACUAUCCAGGCGUUCUCAGAUUCAGACUGGGCAGGUUGUCCGGUUGACCGGAAGAGCACAAGUGGAUAUGCUGUUUUUCUCGGGACCAACUUAAUUUCAUGGCUAUCCAGAAAGCAGUGUACGGUAGCACGUUCGUCCACCGAAGCAGAAUACAAAGCCCUAGCCGAUGUUUCCGCAGAAGUCACGUGGGUGGUCUCUUUACUUCGGGAGCUAGGACUGCAUUUUUCUCAUCCGGCCACCCUGUGGUGUGACAACCUUGGAGCAACUUAUCUGUGUGCAAACCCUGUCUUUCAUGCACGGACGAAGCAUGUCGAGAUAGAUUAUCACUUUGUUCGAGACAAGGUAGCCUCGGGAGACUUCGUUGUCAAUUUUGUGUCAACUAAAGAUCAGCUCGCAGACAUCUUUACCAAACCACUGACAGGGCCGCGGUUCACUCUGCUUCGUGACAAGCUCAACGUUGUAGCGCACCAACCUUGUGCUUGA